GAGGCCUGUGAACGUAUUGCGGCUCGAAAAUGGUGCAUUUUUGCAAGCUGUGCCAGUUGCUGCACAAAAACAUGGACUUUAUCCAGUGUGAUGACUCCAACGUGUGGUUGUUAGAAACAGUUUUUUCGGUGAAGAUCGUUCCAAUCAAUGGACGUGUGGAGCCAAUCUGUCGAAAAUGCAUUCGCAAGUACAACAAAGUUAUGAAGGACCUCAAAAAGUCCAACGGAGGAUUCCCAGUUUCGCGGCAAACUUUCAUCGAACACAACAAGCUUCAAAACGGAGAUGUUUCGUCGGAGUCUCUGUUUCAGUUCUCGAAUGCCGAACAGCCGCCGGCGUCGCUUUCAAGCUCUCAGAGCCGAUCGCUAGAGCAACAUCCAUACCUGAUGGACGAUGAAAGUAAGGAGCUCAUGUUUACGGGUCAAGUGUCGGACAAAACGAACGGAAGCCAAAAUGGCAUGACACUGAAUAUUAGUGGCGAGGCGGCAACAGUCUACCGCAUAACAAUGGGCGACACACAAGAAUCGUCCGACGAGGACAGUUCCGAUGGCAAAAGUACUAUCGCCGAUGAGGACGAAAGCUCCGAAGAUUCUAGCGAAGAUGACGAGGACGAUGAUGAUGAGUGCUGUAGUGACGAUACGGACGAUUCUAGUUCUAGCUGUAGCACUACCAGCAGCACCGGUGGCAGCUCCUCCGAAACGGGAGCCAGUUUGCGAUUAGACGAACACAUCGACCGGAGUACGGAGGAGUCUGUCGUUUUGUACAGCACGUACAUCGACGCACCCAUGAUGCACAACCUGCCCGAAGGAAGUCUUUUGCAGGGAGUCGGCGACGACGAUGUUGUUGCCGGCGGGGAUCGAAUUUUUCAAGACAAAACGCUCAUGAACGAUGUAUUGCAUCCAUUACAAUUGGAGGAGCCGCUGGCCAAAAUCGAAGAGAGCAUCGAAGCAACAACGAAGCAACUGCCGUGCGACGAAAAACAACAAAACCAAUCAUUACAAACGCCCGACUUACAAGCACCGAACCAGAAACACGAGCAACAGGAACAGCAAGAGCAACAAUCGGUCCAGCAAUCAUACGAACAAGAGCCUCCGGCAACGCUUGAUGAAGCGGUUGGCGAAGGUGAGGAAGCUCCAAAAAAGUCCCGGAAGCGGAAGAAACGAAACAAUGCGUCGGCAAUACAAACGAAAAACUACGUGUGUCUCGUUUGCCAGAAGCGAUUCUCGAAGGCUAUCUAUCUGAAGGUGCAUACACGCACCCACACGGGCGAAAAACCGUACGCGUGCGAUAUUUGCUUCAAGAGCUUCACGCAGGCCUCCAGCUUAAACACACACAAACGAUUGCAUUUCAACGUGAAACCGUUUGUGUGCGAAAUUUGCAACCAGCAGUAUACCAGUGCCGGAAACUAUAAGGUUCAUUUGCGUACGCACACGCAGGAAAAACCGUACGCUUGCAGUUACUGCGAUAAGCGUUUUAGCCAACAUUCUAGUAAGAAGAUGCACGAGCGAGUACACAGUCAGGAAAAGCCGUACCCUUGCCAGGUAUGCCUGAAAGCGUUCAGUAACGUUAGCAAUCUCACGGUACAUAUGCGUAUCCACCAAGGGUUGAAGCCGUACAAGUGCGAUAAAUGCGAUAAAAGCUUCGCCCAGUCGCAAACGCUCAAAACGCACUAUAUCUCAGCCCAUACGGAUGUGCGACCGUUUCAGUGUGAUCGUUGUCCGAAGUCAUACGCCACACUGUCGAACUUAAACAAUCACAAGCAUACACAUCUGGAGGAAAAGCCGUUCGGAUGUGAGGAGUGUGGGAAACGAUUUACUCAGAAAUCGUCCCUUAAAACUCACACCCUUUCGCACAACACCGAACGUCCGUUCCCGUGCGAAGAGUGCACGAAGUCAUUCAACACGCAGGCCAUGCUGAAUACUCACCGGCGCAAUAUGCACUGUACCGAGCGACCGUUCGCGUGCACCAAGUGCAAUAAAUCGUACGCGCAGGAAACGCGUCUCCGUCAGCACAUGUUAAGCCACGCGGACGUUAAACCGCACCCGUGUCAGCAGUGUAACAAAACGUUCACGACCGCCACUAAUCUUCGAAUCCACCAGCGGGUACAUUCGGGCGAAAAACCGUACCCUUGCCCGACCUGCGGCAAAUGCUUCUCGCAACGAUCGUCAUUGCGGACGCACGAAAUACUGCAUCUGCCACCGGAAUUGCGGCCCGAUCCCCCGGUUGCGGUUGAUGUUGGGCGUGGACGAAAAAGGCGCAAGAAAAAAAUCGAAUGCGGCCAAUGCGGAAAGGGUUUCGCACUGCGUGGCCGUUACCGCAAUCACAUGAAAAAGGUACACCAAAGAGAUGUGCAGGACGAUGAUGAUAAGUGCAUGAGCGUGGAUGGUUCGGACGAAAGUGACAAUGGUGGUGAAGCCGAUGUUCUUGAGGGCAAUGUUAAUGGAAACGGGCAAAACAGCCUAAUAGUAGCGAACAGUAUUUGCAAUAAUAAUCGAUCUGGCAGGAAUCCAGAUCAGCAACGAACCUACGAUGAGGAUGAAGAGAGCGAGGAGAACGAAACUCAUGAAUAUGACGAUGAAGAUUACGAUGAUGACGAAGAGGAAGACGAUGAGCAUAAUGAUAACGACGACGAGGAGAAUGUCAAUGAUGAGGAAGAGGAGGAGGAGGAAGAAGGGGAUGUUCAUUUGAACAAUGCGGCAGGCGUUCCGUUGCAGGAGCAGCAGUUCCAUUACGGGCAGAUCAUUUCCGAGCAAAACUAA